AUGGCAUCAUACAGCUGCUGUUUGGCCCUUUUGGCUCUCACCUGGCACUCGUCUGCCUAUGGGCCCGACCAGCGAGCCCAAAAGAAGGGGGACAUUAUCCUGGGGGGUCUCUUUCCUAUCCAUUUUGGAGUAGCAGCCAAAGAUCAAGACCUGAAGUCAAGACCAGAGUCUGUGGAGUGCAUCAGGUACAAUUUCCGUGGAUUCCGGUGGUUACAAGCCAUGAUUUUCGCCAUAGAGGAGAUAAACAGCAGCCCCGCCCUUCUUCCCAACUUGACGCUGGGAUACAGGAUAUUCGACACCUGUAACACGGUCUCCAAGGCCUUGGAGGCCACCUUGAGUUUUGUUGCCCAGAACAAAAUCGAUUCUUUGAACCUGGAUGAGUUCUGCAACUGCUCGGAGCACAUCCCUUCCACGAUCGCAGUAGUGGGCGCAACCGGCUCGGGGGUCUCCACGGCAGUAGCCAACCUGCUGGGACUCUUCUACAUCCCCCAGGUGAGUUACGCCUCGUCCAGCAGGCUCCUCAGCAAUAAGAACCAGUUCAAAUCCUUCCUCCGCACCAUCCCCAACGACGAGCACCAGGCCACUGCCAUGGCUGACAUCAUCGAGUACUUCCGUUGGAACUGGGUGGGCACCAUUGCAGCGGAUGAUGACUACGGCCGGCCGGGCAUUGAGAAGUUCCGGGAGGAGGCCGAGGAGAGGGACAUCUGCAUUGACUUCAGCGAGCUCAUCUCCCAGUACUCCGGUGAGAAGGAGAUCCAGCAGGUGGUGGAGGUGAUCCAGAACUCCACGGUCAAGGUCAUUGUCGUGUUCUCCAGCGGCCCAGACCUAGAGCCCCUCAUCAAGGAGAUCGUGCGUCGCAACAUCACAGGCCGCAUCUGGCUGGCCAGCGAGGCCUGGGCCAGCUCCUCCCUGAUUGCUAUGCCGGAGUACUUCCAUGUGGUCGGGGGCACCAUUGGGUUCGGCCUGAAGGCUGGGCAGAUUCCCGGCUUCCGAGAAUUCCUACAGAAGGUCCAUCCCAGGAAGUCUGCCCACAAUGGCUUUGCCAAAGAGUUUUGGGAAGAAACGUUCAAUUGCCACCUGCAGGAGGGCGCUAAAGGACCUUUACCUGUGGACAGCUUCGUGAGGAAUCACGAGGAAGCUGGCAACAGGCUAAGCAACAGCUCCACGGCCUUCCGACCCCUCUGCACGGGGGAUGAGAACAUUAGCAGUGUCGAGACCCCCUACAUGGAUUACGAACACCUACGGAUCUCCUACAACGUGUACUUAGCCGUCUACUCCAUCGCCCACGCCCUGCAGGACAUUUACACCUGCUUACCCGGGAGAGGGCUUUUCACCAACGGGUCCUGUGCAGACAUCAAGAAGGUUGAGGCCUGGCAGCCAGGCCCUCGGGCAAGGGGGCUGGUCCCAGAAUCAGAUCGGAAGGCGGUGCUGUCUUCCGACGCCGUGCUUGCCACUCAGCCUGGGCUGGACUGGCCAGCUGGCCAGCUGAGCACAUGCCUGGGACACAAACAUAGGAAAGGCACAGCAGACCUGAAAAGUUUACGUCCCCACGAAAGGAAGACCUACGUGCCCCGAAAG